CAGAUGUAGUGUCAGGGUAUUUUCUUUUAACAUUGUAAAGGGGUCACAGGUGGCCCACAAGUAACUCACUCACUCACUCUCAUUGCAAACAUGAAGUAUUUUUUUAUGAUUCAUUCAAGCGAUCAUAAAAUCCUCAUUCAAGCACGGUAACUCUUUUUAAGUAGCAAACUCUACUAGAGUAGCUUCCCUUGGAAUGACCUUCGCAUUUCACAACGUUUCUUCUCCAUGUUCAACCCUGUAUAGAUGGCUGCCAAGUGUUGAUGUAGAUCUAACUUUAUUCACAAUGUAAGGCAGACGGAAGUGCCGAGUUGUGCAUAAAGUCGACGCAUGCGUGGUUUUGCCUAGAGUAGCGGCGUCAUGACAACAGCUAGCCCUUCCUGUGUGUCAGCCAUUUUGAGAGCUAUCACUGGAAGUGUUCUCAGUUUUAUUGUGCAAAAUACGACUCUAAAAGUGUGUACGACUUGAAGAGGUGGAGAAAACUAUGAAUCCCACUACGACAGUGCCUGUGACCCGCUUGCUCCCCGGGCUGCCAACAGUGGUGUUGGGAGAUGGGACCAGAUGUCUGAUAGAUAACAACACUAUCUGGAUACCUGCUGGUAAUCCUGUUAACCUCUCCCUGGAUGCUGGUUACCUACAGCCAAGACUCCUUCAGCCUGGAGGUCAGUCAUCUGUGACUGCUAUCCCCUUGCCUCCUGCAGUCCAGCCACCAUCUUGCAAUAGACGUAGGGAGAUGAUGCCUGUCUGCCAGCUGCCUGUCAGCCUGCCCAGUGCAGUGCUAGACCUGGAGCUGAUAAGACCAGAGGCCUUCUCCUGUGUUCUGCCCCAACUUGACCCACCCAGUCCAGUUCCUCAUCCCCAGUCUAUGGCCCAUGUUGAAACUCCUCCCAUGCCUACAACAAGCAACCCCAAACCCAAUGUCCAUCAAAAGCAGAAACUCGAGCUCAAGCCCUGCAAACGCAAGCCCCGCACGUUCAGGCCAAAACCUCAGCCAACGCCUCGCAUUCUGAAGGAGAAAAUGAUCAAGCAUCAGCCAGAGAGCAAGCCCUACUUUGUGCCUCAGCCUCUUGGAGCUCAGCACAUCAAAACCCAGAGCAGACCCCUGGGGAACCGUAUCACUAAGUCUGGGGGUAGAAAUAGUAUCAUUAAGGCCUCACCUAAGAGUUUUGCUGAACAGUUGUUGUCUGCUGAUGGUGCAUACUUAAAGCCAAAGUCUGUCUUGCCCAGUACAGGUUGCAAGACAUCCCCUGUCCCUGUUAAGAAUGUAAAGGAUAAGGUUGUUUCAGCACCAGAGAGUCCUAAGUCAGGUGGUGUCACUGCUGCAACAUUAAGUGUACAUUCUGCCAAGUCAGUGGACAGAUGUGAGCCAAACUCUGAUGAUGAAUAUGAUGUGGAAUAUCUGUAUCUUACCAAACUCAUUUUAAGGAAAAAGAAGAAACCCACAUCUGAGCCCAGCAAGGAGCCCCUGCCUUCACGCAAGAGGAAGUGCCCAGAUGACAACAGCGAGGUGUCCCAAGCUGUAAAGCAGGCGAGACUGGAGGAGCCCCAGGACACUCUUGAGGACCUGGAAGCUCUCCUGGCUGAGUACAGCUCCAGUCUCUCAUCUGGCACCAGGGACUUUUUCUAA